CAAAGAGUGAAUGAGCUUCUCGGAAAUUGAUAUUUCUGGUCCCAGCAAACCCGAGAAAGAGAAUCUUUGUUUCGGGCAUGACUCUCUCGAUGCGAUAUUUGGAGAGGAAAAAGGAAUACCCGCACAAACUUCCCAAACUGGUUUGCUCGACUGAAGGUGUUAAAUGUGUUAUUGUGGACUCAAUAGCGGCAGUGUUUAGAUGUGAAACUAGAAGUGACAUUUCACACGUAGAGAGGAGUGAAAUAUUCUUCCAGCUCGCUUCUAGUUUGAAGCGACUCUCUGUUGAGCAUGGAGUGCAUGUGAUUGUGAUGAACCAGGUGUCAGACAUAUUUCCAGAAGAUGUCAUGAAUAUGCACAAGUGGCUCACUGGCACGAAGAAGCCAUCCCUUGGGCUCUCGUGGUCUAACUGUGUCACUACGCGCAUCCUAGUCAGCUGCACUCAAUACCUUAUGCCACCACUAGAGGUCAAAGGUAACCAUUACACUGGGGGAUGUGGUCAAGGCCAAAGCGAGGGUCAAGUGGCUGUGGCUGCAGUGCCUUUGAGGCGGCUAGAUGUGGUCAUGUCUCCAUUUUGUGCGAGGAGGUCAUGUUUCUUUGUAGUGGACCAAUCUGGAAUACAAGCCGUCCAAUGAAAUCCAAAUAGUCCGAAAUCCAAUUGUUUCGCAAUGCAUCAUCACUCGAAGUUUCUCAAUAAUGAUGUUUUUUUUGCUUUAUUUUCUGAUAGAUGUUUUUGUUUGUUUUG